AUGUCGUCGUCGAACGUCAUCACCCCCCUCUCCGAACCGCCCUGGCUCGCGGGCAUGCCCUCGCCAUACUACCAGGAGAAGCACAAGCGGUUCCAAAAGGCAUGUCGGGCGUUCCUGGAGGAGCACCUCAUCCCCUACGCCAUGGAGUGGGAGCGCGAGGAGACGGUGCCGGACCACCUCUUCGAGACCUUCCGCGACGCCAACAUGCUGAUCCCCAACCUGCCGGCGCCGCUGCCCGUCGAGUGGCUCCACAAAGUGGGCAUCCACGACAUUCUGGGCACCCCGAUCGAGGAGUGGGAUUACCUGCACACGGGCAUCUACCUGGACGAGAUGGCGCGAGCUGGUGUCGGCGGCCCAGGCGCCUCCAUGACUGCCGGUCAUGCUUUUGGUAUACCCGCCAUCCUCAAGUUCGGCGACAGGGCCCUGCACGAGAAAUUCCUCUACGACCUCCUCCCCGGCAAGAAGCGAGCAUGCAUCGCCAUCACCGAGCCCAGUGCCGGAAGUGACGUGGCCAACAUCCAGACAACGGCGAAGAAGACGGCAGAUGGGAAACACUACAUUAUCAAUGGACAAAAGAAAUGGAUCACCAACGGAUACUGGUCAGACCUCGCCGCCAUGGCCGUUCGGACGGGCGGUCCCGGCGCCUCGGGUCUGAGCAUGAUCGUGUGCCCGUUGAAAGGGUACCCGGGCGUGACGAUGCGUCGGCUCAAAGUGGCCGGGCAAAUCAGCGCCGGCACGACCUUUAUCGAGCUGGACGACGUCAAGGUGCCCGUGGAGAACCUCAUCGGCGAGGAAGGCAUGGGCAUGCGCUACGUCAUGACCAACUUCAACCACGAGCGGCUGACCAUCGCGGUGGGCGUGACGAGACAGUCGCGUGUGGCCCUGGCGGCGGCGUUUGAGUACGUCAUGAAACGCGAAGCGUUUGGCAAGGCCCUGAUCGAGCAGCCCGUGGUGCGGCACCGGCUGGCCAAGGCGGCCGCGGAGCUCGAGUCGAUGCAGGCCUGGGUCGAGCAGUUCCUGUACCAGAUGACACAGCUCCCCAAGGCCGAGGCGGACUUGAAGCUCGGCGGCCUGACGGCGCUGGCCAAGGCCAAAGCCGGCAUCGUCUUCAACGAGUGCGCCCAGACGGCCGUGCUGCUGUUCGGCGGCAACGGCUACACGCGCACGGGACAGGGCGAGAUCGCCGAGCGCAUCUACCGCGAGGUCCCCGGCGCCCGGAUCCCGGGUGGCAGCGAGGACGUCAUGCUCGACCUGGCCAUUCGGCAGCUGGUCAAGAACUACCGCAACGCGAUCAAUGCGUUGGAGCGGCCGAGCGGCAGCAGUAAGCUGUAG